UAAGCGCUGUUAUAAAUGGGACCAAAUGUACGGUCAGUCGCCUAGUACGUCCGGCACUCAAAGCACACACCAAUUGACACCGAAAAUGGCUGAAUGGGAUCUGACCACACGUUUGGGCAAAUAUCUGGACAGACAUCUAGUGUUUCCACUCCUCGAGUUCUUGUCCGUCAAAGAGAUAUACGAAGAGAAUGAGCUGCUGGAGGGCAAACUGGAACUGCUGUCGAACACAAAUAUGGUGGACUUCGCUCUGGACGUGUAUCAGCGGCUGAAUCCGGGCGUUAAGCCGCCGGAGUAUCUCUACUCGAAGCGGUCAGAAGUGGUCGGACAGCUGAAGCAGUUGCAGAUCCAGACGGAACCGAUGCUUGAGAUUCUGCUCAACCCGGAAGUGUCGGCCGAGAUUGAGAAGUCUCGCGACAGUCGCCAACUCUUUGAACUCUUGCAAACAAAAUACGAUGGAAGGGAACUACUCAUCGAGAUGUUCCUCGAGAAGAAGGGACAGUACAUCAAACAACAGCCCUAUUUGAACGCCAUUCAGACCAUGUGUCCCCAUAUUCUACGCUAUCUGACCACUGCUGUGAUCACUCACCGCCAGCGCCGUCAGUAUAUGAAGGACUUGGUUCGGGUGAUACAACAGGAGUCGUACACCUAUAGGGAUCCGAUCACUGAGUUUGUCGAGUGUCUGUACGUUAACUUCGACUUCGAUGGCGCGCAGAAGAAGCUCCGCGAGUGUGAGAUAGUGUUGGACAACGACUUCUUUCUGGUCGCGUGUUUGGAUGACUUCAUAGAAAACGCCCGACUCUUCAUAUUCGAGACCUUCUGUCAGAUUCACGAAUGCAUUUCCAUUAGUAUGUUAGCCGACAAACUGAAUAUGAAUAGCGAAGAGGCCGAGCGCUGGAUCGUGAAUCUGAUCCGAAACGCACAGUUGGACGCGAAGAUUGACUCCAAGUUUGGUCACGUAGUGAUGGGAACUCAAGCCGUCUCUCAAUAUCAACAACUUAUUGAGAAGACCAAAGCGAUGGCUAUUCGGACACAAGUAUUGGCGAUGAAUAUUGAGAAGAAAAUCGCUUCUAAUUAGUUGUAAUAAUUUGUUUCAAUAAAGAUAUUGUUCUAAUU